AUGAGCCGCCGCGAGCCACUGAAGACCCUCCUGCCGACCGAGACAUUCGACCUCGAUUCCGGCCUCACUCUCACCCCCCGCGUCAAGCUCAGUCUCACGAUUCACCGCGCCGACAAGUCCGUGUCCCCGAUCGACGAGUGGAAGCUCAAGCGCUCGUUAAUCGAUUACCUGAGAACUUCGCACUCAAUAGUCGUUCCUGAAGAAGACAUCAGGAUUUUCAAGUACAGAGACCUCAAGAAAAGGAAGCGCGAAGAUCCCGUGGCGCGCGGGAGCUUGUUCGUGUUGGAUUUAGGGUUUCUGUCCAGGAAGUUGGGUUUGAGCGAAAAGGAUGGCGUGGAGAAAGAGUUUCUGGAUUGGAGGAAGGGUAUCAUGGCGGAAAUGGACGGAAUGGAGUUGAAUUUGGAGUCUGUGAAGUUUAAGCUGAGUGUUGAGUUGCCCAAGGGAGAUGAUUUUGAAGGGAUGAGGAAAGAGUGGGAGGAGCUUGCGGCAUUUGGAGCGAAAGGAUAUCAAAGAGGUGAGAGGCAAAAGCCUGAUACAAUUAUAUUAAGAGGUGUGCCAUCAAGGUGGUUUGCUGAGCCUAGGGUUUCAUCAAAACCUUCAAUGCUAGUCACUCACACAAUUUUUUCAGCAUUUGGAAAAAUAAGGAAUCUUGAGGUAGGUGAGGACAAUGUCAGAGGUGAGGAUGAGAAUGAAGAUAGUGGGGACCUGGUUUCAGGUCUCCAUUGUAAGAUUCUGGUUCAAUAUGAAAGUUACGAGGACUUUUCAAAUGCCUUGAAGAUUUUAAGUGGCCGUUCGUUAAACAAGCAAGGAUCACGGUUGAGAGCUGAUUAUGAGGUCACAUGGGACAGAGAUGGAUACUUCCGAAAUCGCAGAAGCCGAACAGAAGAGGGUAAGAGAUGGGCCCCACUUACUGGCGUGGGGAAUUAUUCAACUGAAGCUGCUCAACAUCAGUCAAGAGUUUCUCGAACUAGCCCUGAUAAUGCACGCAGAAAGCGUUUCAAGGACUGA